UUAUGAGGGUUAUUAGAGUCAAUUCACCUCUACCCCUUUUGCCUAUUUCAGCUCACUUUCUUCCAUUUGAAUCCAAAUUCCAUCUGGCAGCCUACAUUUAUAUAUAACCCUCUUAGAUUUGUCUCAAAUUCAAGAUUUGAGAGAGGAAAAAGCAUGGCCUCUCCAAAAUUAAAUCUUUUUUGCACCCUCAUUGUUCUCUUCCUCUCAAUCCAAUCCAAAGUAGUAUUGUGCAGCAUUUACCAAGUUGGAGGCUUAGCUGCUUGGGGCAUUCCCUCUUCCUCCAAUCCCAAAGUCUACAUCAACUGGGCCACCAAGUACCAUGGACUCAAGAUUGGAGACUCCAUAUUUUUCUUGUACCCACCAAGCCAAGAUUCGGUGAUCCAAGUGACAAAGGCAUCAUACGAUAGCUGCAACCUCAAAGAUCCGAUCUUGUUCAUGAACAAUGGCAAUUCCCUUUUCAAUAUUACCAGAGCCGGAAAUUUCUACUUCACAAGCGGCGCCGAUGGGCACUGUGCUAAAUCACAGAAGCUUCACAUUUUUGUGUCUGGAAAUGGAUCCUUUGUUGAGGACGAUGAGCCGGCUUCCGGUCCGGCCGCUUCGGCGCCAACCUAUCCAACGGUUUUCGGCGCCAUUCCGGUCCAGGGCUCUUCGGCCGCCGCGCCGUUGCUUCAGAUUCCGGCUUUGAUGAUGGCUGCUGCGAUUGCGCUUGUUAUGUAGAGAGGAUAUAAUUUUAGUUUAUUUAUCUGUUUAUUUUGUUUAUAAUUCAAUUUUUGGUGAUGUAAUUUGAUUCUGUUUUUACUCUGUAUGAAACGGAUCCAUUCUUUCAAAAGGGUUGAGCUUGAGAGACUUGUCGGCACGACUUUGUUUUGUGUGUAUAUUUUAAACUUUAUUGGAUAAAUGAAAAGGAUAAAUUUUUAUUA